GUAAAUUCAUUUUCAUACGGCUUACAAUCAUUAGAUAUCAGAAGUGAAGUUUAAAAAAAAAUAUGUUAGGAGAGGUUGAUGAUCUAAUAACGUUAGCUGAAUUUAACGAGAAUAUCCUCGUUAAUAGUUUGAAAGCUCGUUAUCGACAAAAUAAGAUAUACACGUAUUUAGGAGAUAUUUUAGUUGCAGUUAAUCCAUUCAAAAGCUUGGGAUUAUAUGGAAGUAAAGAGCAAUUACUAUAUCGUAAUGAAAGACGAACUAAUUUAGCUCCUCACAUAUUUGCUAUUGCCGACUCUUGCUAUAGUAAUAUCUGUGGAAAUGGACCAAAUGAACCAAAAAAUCAAUGCAUUAUUAUAAGUGGAGAAAGCGGAGCAGGUAAAACGGAGAGUUCAAAGCUCUUAAUAAAACAAAUAGUUCACCUGAGCCAAGACUUUUCUCCUCUAGAACAACAGAUUGUUCAAGUCAAUCCAUUACUUGAAGCUUUUGGCAAUGCACAAACUGUAAUGAAUGAUAAUUCAAGUAGAUUUGGGAAGUAUAUUAUGCUCAACUUUGUCAGAGGAGUCAUGGUAGGUGCGAAAAUAUCUGAUUAUCUACUAGAAAAAUCUAGAAUUGUUCAUCAAAAUGACGGUGAAGAGAAUUUUCACGCUUUCUAUUAUCUUCUAUCGUCUCCAGAAAUGAAAGUAAAAUGGAAUUUAAAAGAUGCUGAAGAGUAUACAUAUUUGAAUAAUGGAGCAAUUUUUUCAAAAAAUACAAAUCUCAUGAAAGAGAGAUUUGAUGAUUUAAAAGAUGCUAUGGAUUUAGUAGGAUUUAGCGAUGAAGAGCAAGAGCUGCUUUUUGAAAUGGUCGCUGGGUGUUUAACUAUGGGAAAUAUUCGUAUGCAAGAAAAUGAAAAUGAUGAAGUUUUAAUUGACCAGAACUCGAAUGAAUUUCUAUUUGUUGCGAAUUGCUUUGGACUGCAUACAGAUGAAUUUUAUGAUAUUUUAAUAUCAAAUACAACCAAGACUAGAGCCGAUACGAUCACAAGAAAUUAUAGUAAAAAAGAGGCUAAAGACGUCAGAGACGCCGUAGCGAAAUUUAUAUAUGGGAAAAUGUUUGGAUGGGUAGUCUAUCGUGUAAAUCAAUCCAUAGCGUCAAAGGAUACGAACUCUUAUAAAAAUUAUCAGGAAAUAGGAAUUCUAGACAUUUUUGGAUUUGAACACUUCCAACAUAACAGCUUUGAACAGGCUUGCAUUAAUUUAGCAAAUGAACAGUUACAGUUUUUCUUCAAUAAGCAUGUGUUCAUUCUUGAGCAAGAGGAAUAUAAAAGAGAAGGACUAGAAUGGAAAGAUAUUUCUUACGAGGACAAUCAAGGCGUUUUAGAUUUAUUCUUAAAUAAAACAAAUGGAAUAUUAGCAAAUUUGGACGAAACAUGUAAAUUACCAAGAGGAAAUGAUCAAGUGUUCUUUCAAAGUUUAGAAAAUAAAUUAUCUGGGAAUAAUCUAUUAAUACUAUCAAAGAGAAAUCAUCUAUGUUUCUAUAUAAAACAUUAUGCGUCUCAAGUUGAAUACUCGGCAGAAACUUGGGUUGAAAAGAAUAAAGAUACAAUACCCAAUAAUAUUGAACAAUUGCUUUGCGGUAGUGAAAAGCUACUUAUUCAAGAGAUUUUUACAGUCACUCAAGCAAAUAUCGACGAUGAUAAAACGAUUUCUAAAUCUAACUUUAGAAAUUCCAAAAUGAUUGCUUUUACUGAAGUUAAAAAAAGAAAACAUACAGUAGGCCUACAAUUUAAGAAAUCUCUGGAGACUCUGUUGGCUAGAAUGUUAUUAUCUCAACCAAUUUUUAUAAGAUGUAUUAAGCCCAACACGAAGAAGAUAUCAAAUUCUUUUGAUGACGAAUUCGUUAAAGCCCAAUUACUUUAUACUGGUAUGCUAGAGACAAUAAAAAUAAGAAAAGAAGGAUUCGCUAUUAGACCAUCCUUUAAUGAAUUCUUUAAUAAAUAUAAGGUUAUUUAUUUCGGCUGUCCAAUGGAUAAGAGCAAAGAUAUUCGAGAGAAAUGUAAACAAAUACUUGAAUUUACUAAACUUAAGGGUUGGAAGAUAGGAAAGACUAAAAUCUUUUUAAAGCUCAACCACGUCGAUGUUUUGACAGACAAAAUAUCUAAUGUGUCAAAGUUGGUAGUGAAAAUGCAAAAGAUUGUUCGAGGCUUUUUGGAUAGAAGAAGAGUAGAAAAGCUUAGGAAAAUAGCAGAAAAGAAGAAAGAAGAAAUAAAAUCUCUGUUAAAUUAUACGGUUGAACGAAACAAUUUUAUUAUGAAUUUGUUGCAACGUCAUGUUGAAGAGGAUAAAAAGAGAAAUCAAGGUAAGAAGAAACAAGAAGAAGAAAAACCUACACCUUUGAAGACGACGACAACAACAAAUUUGCAACAGCCAGUAAGGAUGAGAAAACCUCCAAGUCCGCCUAAGAGACACCCUGAAACUCCUGUACAGAGAGAACCUCCGUCUUUAAAGGAAGAAAUUGCAGCAUGGUUCGAAGAGAAAGAAAAGAAAAAGCUUUAUGACCGUAACGGUUCAAAACCGUAUUGGUUCCACGGAAUGAUAAAAAGAAGCGAUAGUGAAACUUAUUUAAAACAACGCAAAAAUGGAAAUUUUCUUAUUCGACUCAGUGACACAAGAUUUAACUACUCGUUGUCGUUUAAAACAGAAGAGCGAUGUCGUCAUUAUAUAAUAGAUUUAACUCUACACGGAAAAUAUGUUAUCCGAAACGAGAAGAAAGUUCAUAGGUCGCUUAAUGAUUUAGUUAACUAUUACAGAAAACAUCAUAUAUCAAAUUGGCCAAAUGGUUAUUUAGUUGAUUAAUACAGAAAUAUUUUACAAUUAUGAUAAUUUCCAUUUCGCCGCAAUCGAAUCAUUUUAUAUUAUUCUAUUAUGUCUAUGCAAUGUAUAUAAAACGCUUCAAAGCUUUCAUCUAAGUUAUAAAAAAACAAAAUUAUUUCUCAUAAAAGGAAGAAAUUUG